CAAUCAGUGUGGAUCGGUGGGGCCGCAUUAUUGCUCUCAGUCAGUAGCAAAACGGGUUUCUCUAAAGAAGCACGAUAGUGCUGCAGUUUCUCAGGUAUGUUCUAAGUGGUCUGUGUAGUUUGGAAUAUAUUCGGCCGUAACAAACUAAGGACUGUCUCCUGGCACGUAGUAAUCACACCUUAAAACGAACUACCUUUUACUAGUUACUGAAUGACGAUGUUGAGGUGGUUAAUACCGAUAGGGAUACUGGUAGCAGCAUUUCUAGUACUCCACCAAGUAGAGACCUGCAAUGAGGCCGUUUGCGGAAGUGUUGUGAGCAAGUGUUUACUGACUAAAUCCUGCAAUUGUGAUUUAAAAAAUUGUACUUGCUGCAAAGAUUGCUCCACUUGCCUGAGCCACUUGUACACCGAAUGUUGUUCGUGUGUGGACAUGUGCCCAAAACCAAAUGACACCCCCAGUGUACUAAGUAAAACAUCACGAGUGGAACUUUUCUACGAAAGUGUCCCAGCUCUGUUCAAUGUAUUAACAGAACUACCAGAUCCUCACAACAGAUGGAACAGUACCACUUUUCCGGUGGAUAUAGACAUAAGUCAGUAUGAACCAAAAAAGGACUUUAAAAUUCACAUGCAGGAUGCUGAACAAGAAGUAGUGCCUAAGCAAAACAUUAUCACUUUUAAUUGUACCGUAGCCUUUUGGUCACAGUGUAUGAGUAGCCCCAAAUGUAAAACAAGCUGCCGAUCUAUGGGAGCUACAAGUUAUAGAUGGUUCCACGAUGGCUGUUGCGAAUGCAUUGGACAAAACUGCAUAAAUUUUGGAAUUGACGAGAGCAGGUGUAGAGAGUGUCCACCCAAAGAUGAAAAUAUCGAAGACCUAGAUGAAAACGAUUUAGAUUAUGGAGAAGACGAGGACUACAAUGACAACGAAAUGAUUCCUGACAAUUUUUAAAGGAACAUGGAGAAUAUAAAAAAUAACUAUCCUGUAUUAUCGAAUUUAAGUUUGAUCUCCCAUUCCUUUUAAUUAAGGAACCCGGACUUGAUUUAAACUUUGUAUGUUCUUCAUUGUGAUUGAAAUGUAACAGUUUUAAAGGAUUGAGAUAUUUUCUGCGGGAAAAUACAUUCUUCACAUCUGUUAAUUUAUUCUACAUUGUUAUAAGACCACUCAAGAAAAAAAUAUGUGUUUAUCGACAGUACGUUUAAAUAAAAAAAAUUCUCAUAUUAACUGGUAAGGUGUACAAAUUUAGUUUUAUAUUUAUUUUAUUAAU